CUGCCUUUUUUUGUCGAAACAAAAAUGUCUGUGGGGGUGGAAUCCGGAUUCUCGAGUGAAGAGGUCUUAAACAGCCGCUUCCCUCUCCAUCGGGCUUGCAGGGAUGGAGACGUCGGUGCCUUGUGCUCGCUCCUUCAGUGCACCUCCAACCCGGCUGACCUCGCGGUUGAGGACACUUUCUACGGUUGGACGCCCAUACACUGGGCCGCUCAUUUCGGAAAGCUGGAAUGUGUGAUGCGCCUGGUUCAAGUUGGCUGUGCCGUGAACUCUGUCACCUCCAGGUUUGCACAGACGCCCACUCACAUUGCUGCUUUCGGGGGCCACCCUGACUGUUUGUUAUGGCUACUCCAAGCUGGUGCAGAUAUUAACAGACAGGACUAUGUGGGCGAGACGCCCAUCCACAAGGCUGCUCGUGCGGGCAGUCUGGAUUGUAUCAACGCUCUCUUGAUUCAGGGAGCGAAAGCUGACAUGAGGAAUGCCAGUGGGCUGACGGCCGCUGACCUGGCCCACGCACAAGGAUUCCAGGAGUGCGCUCAAAUUCUCGCCAAUGCCCAGAACCUCCAACAAAACAUGGCUCAGUCCCACAACGGGGCUUUUCUGAAUGGCCAGAACGGGGGCCACGCCCACCCCACCAUCCAGGGACGCAGCUUCUUGAAUGGCAUGCCCAAUAGAAAGAGGUCUUUUGAUGGCAUGGAGGCAAACCCAGGGAAGAAGCAUAGACCUAACGGCAUGUGCGUGCCACUGGAGCUGCUGAACGGGAACAGGCCACUAGGUGGCACUGGAGAAGGCCAGAUGGAGAGCAUUAACGCGGGGAUGGCGGCGACCGUGACCUCAGGUGGGCCAGGAAGCUUUGCGGUGGGGCUGAAUGGGUUUGCGCCGCCUCACGGGCCGGGGCUGAUGGACCAGUGUUCGGACGCGGGGGAGCAGGACGGCCUGAACCCCGCAGCCAAAGAGCCGGAGGUCAUCACUGUGGCGUCCAUGCAGACGCCCUGUCGCUGCACUAACUCGUACGCCUACCUGUAGGCGUAACACUUACGUUCCCAUGUGUAUUGUUUGACUUUUUUUUUUUGUUUUUUUUUGUGGCGAUUUACAUUUGAAAGGUUUGUUGCAACGCGUGUAUGAGUGCUACGUUUUAUACUUUUCCAUAUUACAGAUAAUACGUGGGCAGGUAAAAGUACUAAGAGUUUCUUUGUUAUGUAUCUAUAUAUUCAGUCCAUCCAUUGAGCAAUACACAUAACUGUCAUGCUGUUGUCAGUAUUUGUGUUGAUGACAAAACAAUGUUUUGUUUUGCACAAUUUUACGGCAGCAUUAGAACUGCAGAGGGUCGCCUGAACGUGGGAGCCUUCGACUUAUGGGAACGUCAUUAGAUUUCAGCCGCAGCUUUUCAAUAGAUGAACAAAAAGUGAUUUAAAAUGAGCUUUUGUAAAGUUAGAGGGAGUGCAGGUGCUAUUUGAUGGAGACUCAAAGCCUGAGGGAGUGGCUGUUUAUUUUCUGCAAAAAAUGGGAGCUUUUUGUGUUUUUUUUCAUUUUUAAAAAAUCAUUUUAUGCCAAAGCAUAUCCCAACAUGAAUGUAUCUUGUAAAGAAUAACCAACUUAGCAUGCAGCUUUCUGGUAGUUUUUAGGGCUCUGGUACUCACCCAGAGGUUCCUCUGUUCGCUUUUGUUUCCUGGGUGUGUAGUUUAGUUGAUGUCUGCUGUGUUAGCAGUGGACGCUGAACACAGAGUAUUCCCUGUGACUUUCAGUUUGACAGUUGUAUCUUUUACAUUCUGUAGUAACUCAUGACACUUUCCAUUUGUAAAAUAUUUCUAAACUUUGGAUAAAAAGUCUUAUUUCUUGAAUGACUUUAAAUAGUUGAACAUUGUUUGAAUUUCAUGUUUUAUACAAAGAGAAGUUCAGCUCUCUGCAUAUUGUAAUGCAGUUUUGCUCAGAUUUUUCUUUUUUUUCCCCUUUUCUUCCUCCUGGCAGAAGCUGAACAUAUAUUUGGAGCUGAACACAUUUAGCUUUGUACAUGCUGGUAAAAUCAUUAAAUGUGGAUAGAUUUUUGAAUUGGGAUUGUGUUGGCCCUUGUCUUCUUGGUGUUC